AUGGCUCCUCUCUUCUCGAAGCGACUAAGCUGCUUCUAUUGUGGCCAUCGCUCUGCACAGUCUGGAAAAAGCCUUCUCCGGAAAUGGCAAUGUAAACACUGCGAGGCCGUCAACUACCUUGAUGAAAAUGGGGAUAUUACAGAUCCUCCUGCUACCGAAACAAAUCCGAAUCCGCCGACGCCCGGUCCAGCAAAAUCCCCUCUCGAGCCCGCUGACCUAGGGCUGACCGGCUCCGACUUGUUCUGUGCACAGUGUGUACGGAAUCAACAUCUUUUUACCAGUGCUUUGGCCUCCUACUUCCCACCGUCAGAUGAUCCACAAUAUAGCGCUUACGAACGGGAAUAUCCUAAGUUCCGAACGAAUCUGGAAGAGAGGUAUCCUCAAGUAUGCGACAAAUGCGAACCUCGAGUCAAGGCGCGCAUCCGUCAGGCCGGAUACGAAGCAAAGUCAGACCACCUACGACGCAUGAUGGACAGGAGCAAGGCAGGGAAAGCAGCGCGCAAAGCACGACAAUGGAACUGGAGGAGUCUUCUGGUAUUUACCGGUGCCAUAUUCUACUGGGCUAGUAUUGCGGGUCAACUUGCCUGGGACAUGAACAGUGCUCUACCUGUUGAUGAACCAUUACGAGAUCCAGACGAUUCUUCGAUUUCGCACUCGAUCGUGUGGCGCGUUCAUCAGGGUCUCCGAGCGCUUCGUUUGCCGGCCCAUAGUCCUGUUGACCUAGUACCCUAUGCAGGCUUGUCGCUUGUAGCCGGUAUUCUUUCGCUGUGGUAUAAUCCGAAGUUGCGGCUAAAGGUUGAAGGAAGAGGCGGUCGCUUUUUGGGUCUUGGUGAAUACUACAAAGUUCAACUUAUUGUCAUGGUCGUGCGAUGCGCAUUUUGGGCCGUUCUUAGAGAUCCCUUGUCAAGCGGCCUAGAUGCUACCCUACCGCCGGCUUUGCAUUUGUUCAUGAUUCCUUUUACAAUCUUGUCUGUCAUCAUUUCGCGGCGCAUCAUCUGCUACGACACUAGACCACUGGUCAAUUGGGCUGAAACCACUCCAAUGGCAACCCCAGCUCGAAAAACAGAAGCAUCUCCUCGGAUAACCACGGAUACGAAACAGCCCUUUUACACGCCUCAUGAAACAUCGCAACAGAUCACCCCACGAUUUCCUGUUGAAAGGCUGGCUAGUCCGCAAACCGCUCGAGAGGAGCGCGCGAUCCCGACGCCACCGCCCGAGGUCGAUGAUAUGGACUGGACUCCUUCUAUACAGCAUGACUUUCAACCAUCUUCGACUGUUCAUCAACGAGACCAGCAAAAGUCCCUUCUCUCUGGCCCUACCCCGUUUUAUGGAUCACUCCCUCCUGCUCCAGUGCCACCGUCGUGGAACUUGCGAAACCAAACCUCGCAAAGACCGAAGCCCAUUGCACAGGUCGUCGAGCGCAAUCCUUUUCAUCGCAGCCCUGCUACGUCCCCAACUAGUUGGGGUCGCAAUCCAGACUCUCCAGAUCCUGUAUUCGCACCUCCGAAAUUCUUUCCAGUGACGGACCAUGCUUCAACAGGGCUGGAGAAUCUCUUCGACCGAGCCUUCACUAUCAAGUCGCCAGAUAAUGAUGACCAUGAAUGGCAGACACCGCGACGGGCGAAGCCCAGUCCUCGGUCAUCGCGAUCUACUAAUUUGGAAGUGAUUUUCAUAUCUCGCUGCGUUCGAUUUGGCCUACUGUCCGUUUCCCUUCUUGUGUGGAGUCUCUCACAGUACGGGCUUGUAUCUGUCCCUGGGAACUACAUUGAGGUCGCAUCAUUAGGGUGUGCCAGCCUUCUUGCAGGAUUUGCUCUUCUUGAGGGAGUGAAGCAGCCUAUCGUACAAUGGAAUGGAAUGGAACUGCUUGUUUAUGUUGCAGAACUAGCUGCGGCUGUGCAUCUAGGAGGAUACCUGCCAGGAGUGUUCCUUGAACGGCACUACUUUGACAGAUACGGAAAGCUCCUUCUGAUCUUCAUGGCUGUUCAAGAGGCACUAGGGCUAUUGUCUAUUUACCAAGCACCGCUCAUUCCCGACGUGCUCUCACCAAAGAGACAACAAGCCCAAAGACCAUCAUCAUCGCCUGCAGGCGACACUGUUGUCAACGACUCGCCAGAUUCAAGCAUAAGUAAACGAUCCAACAACCAGUCGUUCAACUCUCCUUCCUCAUACGCGCCACCAUCACUCUCCUUCGGAUCAACGGCAGCCGGCUCAAGCUUCCUGACACACAAACCUGAGCCAUCUUCACAAUAUCAACUUCCAUUUUCACCCCACGGCGGCUCAUUCAACAGUGCCAUUAACAGGCACAGCUUCAGCCUGAACAACCUCAAACAACAAGAGGCUGAUGCCUCAGAUCGUGACUUCGAGCGCGACUCAGACACGGAAACCACCAUGACAACUGCCACAGCCACGACAAACAACACUAUCAGAAACAUUCGCUAUGGUCGCAACAGCACCGUGAACGAUGUCUUCUUCUCCCCGAGACGCUCGGAGCUCGGUCCCGGUCUGGGCAGUCUUAGUCUCGAUGAUGGGCCGUCGCGCCGCAUGACUAGGAGUCAGUCUCAGAGGGUUCAAAGCCAGUCGGCCGCGGGUAUUCGUCGGAGGGCCUUUUGA